UUCAGAUAUACCGACCACCUGAACUGAAAGUAAAACAAAACGUAAAAUCUAUUUACAGAUACGAGAUUUAAUAAGUAAAUAACAUUGACUAUCUAUCAUAUACAUACGUUAAAUAAUGGUGAAAUUACACAUAAAUUUUGAAAUAAUUUCGAAACGAUCUAACAGUAUUUUAAAUAGUAAUUUUCGAUAUCAAGUAUUGGCCACAUUGACAGUCAGUAUUUUGACAUUUUCGCAUGGCGUGGGUUUAGGUUGGUUAUCACCGACACUGUCCAAACUACAGUCAGAAUCGUCGCCGUUGUAUUUUUCCGUAUCAGUAAGUGAGGCUUCGUGGAUUGGCUCUCUACUGGGACUUGGUAGUAUGUGUGGAAACAUAGUGAUUGGCACUAUGCAAAAUAUUGUUGGACGUAAACUUGCUAUUUAUUUUUUAGCACUGCCUCAUAUUUGUCUGUGGAUCCUAAUCUACUGUGCCCAGAGUGUUGAAUUCUUAAUGAUCGGACGGUUUUUAGGUGGUUUUACAGGAGGUGGAUGUUAUGUUGUUUUUCCCCUUUUCAUAAGUGAAAUUGCUGAUCCUAACAUCCGAGGAACUCUGUCAGCAAUGCUAAUGUUGUCAGUUAAUUUUGGAAUUCUAACUGGUUUUAUACUCUCUUCACAUUUGGAUUAUCAUCUUAUACCAUUUUUGACGAUAUCAUUGCCAAUAAUUUACUUGGUUGGUUCGUAUUUCUUUCCAGAAACGCCACAGCAUCUUUUGCGCAAGAAAAAAUAUGAAGAUGCUGAAAAGUCAUAUCAAUUUUACCGUAAUUGUAAAAGUGAUCAUAAGUCCCAGUGCGACAAUGCUUUUGACAACUUUAAAUCAAACAUUGAAGAUAAAAAUCAACAAACCUCUUUAUCAUAUCGAGAUUUUGUCACAAAACCAGCCAUCCAAUCAAUUAUCACCGCCGCGGUUUUACUAUUUGUGAAUCAAUUCAGUGGAAUUUUCGCUUUUGUAAAUUACAUGUCAAACAUUUUUGCCGAUUCUGGCAGCUCAAUGGAUCCCAAUACCAGUACAAUAAUAAUGGGAGCUUUGCAAAUUGCCGGAACAUACGCCGCUACACUGCUAGUAGAUACCUACGGACGUAAGAUUUUAAUGCUCUGGUCAACAGGAGGCAUGUCAGUGGGGUUGGCCAUAUUUGGUGCGUUUACAUAUUAUUCAGGUAUCGUUGAUUUAUCGGAUUAUUCGUUUGUACCACUUGUUUUGAUGGGAUUCGUGGUAUUUGUUGGAAACAUGGGAAUGAUUGCUUUAACAUUUGUGGUUCUCGUUGAGAUAUUUCCCGCUAAGAUACGAUCGAUUGCGGCAUCUGUAUCAAUAACUACAUUAAGUUUGUUGGUAUUUGCAAUGCUCAAAAUAUUUCCCUUAUUCAUGGAUUCCUUUGGCAUAUCAAUAACAAUGUGGUCCUGUUCCACAGUCUGUGCGUUCAGUUUUAUAUACCUGCUCAUAUUUUUAGUUGAAACUAAAGGCAAAUCUAUGGAUUGUGAUUAGAAGCGGAAAAUAUAAAUAUUACAAAUUUACUUUAAUUAUUAAGUUAAUUGUGAAUAAUACAGAUUAGUUUAAAUUAUAUACCAAAGAGUAAAUAUAUUAGGUAUAAAAUAUAAUAAAUAAAAUGCAAAAUGAAAAUGAUCUAAGAAGAUCUUAAUUGCAAUGUGAUGCAGAAAUUAUUACUCUUGCCCAUAUUAUACACCAUUACAAUAUUGUAACUAGAAAAUUUCUUAAAUGACAAUAAAUCCAAAAU